GUUGGCGAGGAACGCAAUCUAUGGCCCCUUCGACGAGGGCAGGAGGUUCAAGGAGUUAAAGGACAUCGCGAAGGAGGUAAAGACGUUCGUCAGCCCUCUCAAGUGCCCGAAAUUUUGCGAGGCGUUGCCCGCCAUCCUCGAGGAGAUGGGAGAGCCCGCGCGCAUUAUGGAGAUUGGCAUCGAGGAGGAGGUGUGGAAUGGCAUGGCCGAAGUCGGCUUCGGCGAGGUGACUGGCAGGAAGGACAACCCCGCCAGGUGGCUUGGCGACCAUUAUGCUUCUCGCAUCGACCGCGAUCAGUUCACGAUGCGCGCCGUCUGCUUCUCUCACGCGGCCAUGGUGCGCGAGCAGCCGAGCACGAAGAAGCUCGGAGUCAAGAUGAAGGAGCUGCACAGCGAACCGAACCAGCACGGGGGCAACGACCAGGCCGUGAGCAUGAAGUCGGUGGCCGCCGAGCUGAAGCGCGCGAGGAUGGCCACGCAGGACCAAGUGGAGGUUGCGAUCGUCUACUACAACAACAAGCAGAACAAGAACAUCGACAGGGCGACAUUCGCCAUCCGCGAGCCGUGGGCUCAAUGGCAUAGCCACAACAACUGGCACCUCAGGGAUCUCACGAACGUCACGGACUGGGAGGGGAUGAUGGCUUACCUCGGCUUCGCUGUGGAUCACAGCCAUGUCAACGUGAACGAAGUGUCCGCGCCCCACCCGCUUCUGAAGAUCGAGGGCGACAUGGCCGAGUUGAUCGGCGCUUACUCCCUCGUCCUGAACGCUUGUCGCUUCAAGAGGCUCUUCAAGUUGAUGAGGGGCUGGCCCAAGCACUUGGUGGCGGCCCUCGGUGACCUCGCUUCCCAGGACAGGGUCUUCGCCCUCUUCAAGCAAGACUACGAGAACUGGAAGGCACUCGGCGACGACACGGUUGGCUUCAGGGCUCUGUCGGGGAUUAUGGCUCGCUUGAAGAAGAGCUCGCCUUUCAACCUCGUUCCAGUUCGGCAGCAUCUCGGCAUUCUUAUCGAAUCGGGGUUCCAGAGGACCUCGAGGUACAUGGAGUUCCUCAGCGAGAAUCGGACGAGGCCACUGCUGUCCCAGAUCGCCGAGGAUUGCUUCUGCAGGUCAGCCAAGGACAUUCAGCACGCCUUGGGCCAAGACCGAGGGAUCGACAGAGAUUUCGCGAACUUGAUCGUGAAGGAUGUCGUCUCGAAAGUUCACCGCCACAAGGACAUCAAUUGGAAGUUCGAGCCGCUCGUCAGAAACCCCAGGAUCCCCAAAGAGGUGUAUCAGAACACGCCCGACGACGUGAAGGCGAUCGGCCUCCAGAACAUCAUUGGCCCCAACCAGUCUCCGAAGUGGUCCAACCAGAGCGUUGCCAACGACUCCAAGCCGACUUUCGAGAUGGACAUGCUGGAGUUCUGCAGGGCCAGCGGCGUCAACGUCUCCACCGCAGAGAAGCACUGGUACUGCGCCUUGGCGAAGCAGGGCAAGGUCGCCAUCAAAAUGAAGGGGUCCCCCGACUCGGACUACGGCAUCGUCAUGGGUGACAUGUGCGGCAUCGGCGCAUUGACUGCCAAGCUCAAGCCUUUCAAAUACAGGUCUGGGCGCGACUUCUACAUGAUCGACUUCGACGCUGCGGCCCCGCUCAAGAUGACUUACGUAUUUGAUCCAUCGGAGUGGGAUGCCCUGCCUUUGUCCUGGACGUCACCGCUGAUGCAGUUUGUCGCGGAGGGGGGGCGCAGCUUGCCAGGUGGCAUCGAGAAGUACUGCAUGAGGCUCGAACCAACUGGGCCUGCUGACAGUCUGUUGCGAGUGGCUGCCAAGAACGCCUUUUGGGAUCUGGGAUUGUCAGUGUUGAAGACAUUCCACAAAGACCUUUGCGUCGACCCCCCUGGCGGCCUCGACCUUUUCGAGACCUUGCAGGCGCUGGUGACGCACGUCUUGAAGCCGACAGAUCUGGACCUGUGCGAAAUCUUGCGGAAGCGUUGCUUCGUGAAGUUCGUCGGCGAGGACGGCUUGGUGGACAUCCAGGGGGCGAUGGAUUGCAUGGCGAAGGAAGAGCAGAAGAUGACGAGAGAGACGCUGUCUGAGAAGGACGCCCAGAAGCAGAUCAGGAAGGAAUACACCGCGAAGUUCAACGUCUACCGCAAGGAGGUGAAGGCGGUGCGCACUGCCGAGGCUGCCGAUCAGAACCGCACCAAGCAGGAGCUGAAGAAGUGGAAGGGGCCAAUCGAGCCGCCCAAGGACGGGAUCGUGCACUCCGAGGCGAAGAAGUUCCCCCCACCUGGGGCGAGCCUGUGGAGGGGUCUCACAGGCACGGGCGCGUGGCACGUCCACACCCCCCCGCACUACAAGUCCAAGACGUGGCUCGAGGCUGGCAGCUACGACAACGCGCUCAGGUUCGCCCUGGCCUUCGCCUGGAAGAAGUACCUCAAGAGCAAAGACCUCGGCGACUCGCGCUGCCCGAUCAAGGGCCUGCUGAAGCACUACACGGACGAUGGGGAGCAGGCGGCCACCGCAGCCGCGAGCUCGUCGAGGGGAUGA